GCCCGUUGGCGUCCGCUGCGUGUCUCGCGGACUCUGAGCCGCUGGCGCUGGCGGAGCGCGAGCGGCUUGACCCUGGACCGUGCGCGAGGAGGAGGCGGCGGCGGGAGGCCCGAACUGAACAACAUCUGGGAGAGGGGGAGGAGGCGGCGGGGGAAAAAUAAACCGCCGCUUGACACCUUCCAGGACAAGGCCUCUCUCCCCCCCCCCCCGCAACUUUAUACCUUCCGUAAUUCAUCCGACCUCUCCGGAGUGAUCGCUGCUGCUGCUGCUGGGGGAGGAGGAGAUUGAGGCUGUGGUUGGGAGGAGGGGGGUGGUGGAAAAAAAGGUUAUCGCGGGAAAGGCAACCUCCUCUUCCACCACCACCACCCCUUCCUUCCCCCUUCACCCCCCCCCCCCCCCCCGCAAACCCACUCCGGCCAACGAUCGGAUCAGCGACCCCUCCCGUCCCCUCCCUGAUCCACCAUGUCCGGCGAGAGGAACAGGCGAUCGCUGGCUUUCCGCACCGGAGCCGCCGCCGUCAGGAUCGACCCCGAGCUCGGGCCUCCUCACCACCAACACCAAAACAACAACAACGGCAGCAGCAGCGGCAGCGAGGCCUCGAACGGGGCCUUCCCGUCCGUCAGUCCGAGCAAAUCGGCCGCGCUGGACGGCGCCCAGGCCGAGGCCCCCCCAGCUCCAGCCCCAGCCCCCUCCGCCGAGGAGGACUGGGUCGAGACGGUGGUGGUGGACGACGAGUACCCGGAGCAAGAGGUCUCCUCGGUGCGGGUAGUCGACGGCGGGUCGAUCAGCAGCAACGAGUCCGAGGAGGAGGAGGAGGCGCCGGCGGACGGGCAGCUGGAAGGGAUGGACGGGGGGCCCGGCAGCAAGGAGCGAGCCGCGACGCCCGAUGAAGGAGCCGGAGGCGCCGUGGGUCAGGAGGACGAGGAGGAAAACGGCGGCGGCGGCGGCGGCUGCAGCAGGAGAGGAUUCGGGCUGACCCUGCUCGGGCGGCCCCAGUCCUUCCUGCUGCCCCAGCAGCGCACUUUCCAAAGGUCGUGGCUGCAGGAGUUCCCGUGGCUUCAGUACGAGCAGGAGACGGGCCUUAUGUACUGCUCAUGGUGCCUGCGGGCCAACAGCGGGGCGGGGAGCAACAAUAACCGCAACAAGUUCGUGAAGGGAAGCCGCAAUUACAGACGAACCACGCUGCUGCGGCAUCACCUUUACACCGAGCACCGGCAGAAUGACCCAUCGGCUGCUGCCUGCAUGGAGGAGUCUACAAUUACAUCGAAAUCAACAGAUGAACUGUACAGUGAGUACAAAAGUGAUCGAAAUGAAAUUUCCUAUUGUUAUCAACUGCUUCAGGAACUAAAUGAACAGCGGCAGCAAGGCAUUCUGUGUGAUGUCAACAUUGUGGUGAAGGGUCAGGUUUUCAAAGCCCACAAGAAUAUAUUAGUUGCUGGCAGCCGUUACUUUAAGACACUCUAUUGCUAUACUCCAAAUGACAGUUGUGACCAGGUCACAGUGACUCACCUUGAUGUUGUUGCAGUGCAAGGUUUCACUGUCAUUCUUGAUUUCAUGUACUCUGGACAUUUGGUUUUAACCAGUCAGAAUGUAAUUGAAGUAAUGUCUGUAGCGAGCUAUCUACAAAUGACAGACAUUGUUCAGGCUUGCCGUGGUUUCAUAAAGGAUGCCCUAAACAUCAGUACAAAAUCCAAUGCAGCAGAGAAAAUAAUAAUGCAGUAUGAAAAGGUAAAAGCCUCCAACCGGUCCCAAAGAGAAAAUACUGUAGCCACAUUGAAACAUGAAUCCAACAGUCCUUGGAUAGUCAAAUCUACAACUGCAGUGAAUAACUGUGCUGCUGGAGGACUGCAUGAAGAAAGAGCUAGAUAUGAAAUGGAGAACUACAAUUUUGAUGUGGGUUCAGUGAUGGACCAGAAUGAGAGUUACCAGAUUAAUGAUACUGUCUGGAAUCAAGAUAACUUUUCAGAUUAUGUUGGAAAGGAUCUGCAGAUGGGACUACCUCAAGAUCAGGGUCCUGCUUUUUCAUGGGGAAAUUUAGGAAAACUAAUGCUUCAUCAGACAGUUCCUCGAAGUGGACGAAGGAAAAACCACAUAACUAGAAGAAUUGUAUAUGAUGUUGCACCAAAAGCUGAAGAGGGAGUUGGAGAUAAUUUAAUGAUGCAGCCACCUAUGGCAUUCUCUGAAGAUGGAUUACAGGAAAUUCCUGUUGACUCAUUUGGAGCUGGAACUUCGGAUCAAUUCAGAUUUGGACUGUUACAAGAAGCGCAAAACAGAGACACGUGGCUAAAUGGUGAUGCUUCAAUUGGUAGUCAAAACAAAUUCAAGUGCCCACAUUGCAAUUACAUUGCCAAGUAUCGACGCACGUUGAAGAGACAUCAACUAAUACAUACUGGAGUACGGUCCUUUGCUUGUGACAUUUGUGGAAAGUUGUUCACGCGAAGAGAACAUGUAAAGCGGCAUUCACUGGUACACAAGAAAGAUAAAAAGUACAAAUGUAUGGUUUGUAAAAAAUUCUUCACUCUAGCAGCCAGCGUUGGAAUUAGGCAUGGAUCUCGACGUUAUGGCGUAUGUUUGGACUGUUCCGGGGGUGAUAGACAGCCAAAAGGUGACCAUGAUGGUAUGGACCUGAUGGUUGAUCCAGAAUUUUUUAAGGAACAGCAAGAAGAACGAGAACAACCAGGUGAACUGGAGCAGGAAGAAAAUGAGAGAAUGGUUGAUGAAGAUAUGGCAGAUGAAGAUGGAGGAGGGGAAAUGGAUAGAGAGCAGUGGGAAGAUGUUGAGGCUAGUGAGACAUAUGUCAUUUUAGACAAUGAUUAACUGGCGAUUAAGCUGUUAUGUUAAACUGAGAAGUGUAACUAUGGUUGUUCACUGUAUAAACAAACCCUAUGAAUUUUAUUUGAAUUGCAAAGAUUAUGGAUUGGCAACAAAACACUAAAUUUUCCAUAUUUUGCUGAUAACUAUGAAUAUUGGAUGAUUAUUGAUAUUUUAAUUGUAGUAAGAGCGGUUUCACAGCAGUAAUGAUAAAAGUAUAUUGGUGUCAGUGAUGGGCAAUUCCUUAUAAUAAUUGGGAUUGAAACUGCAAUUUCUUCUCAAGAAUCUAUGUGAACAAGUAUGGUGUGGAAAUGCAGGAGUGUAUGACUUCAAGUACAUAUGUGCAGGAGACUGUCUUACUAAUUGGGAUACAAAUCAAAAUUGAAUUUGAGAGCACAGGGUUUCUAGUAGUAAGAGAGGGCCAUUAUUUAUUGAAUCUCUUUAUACUGCCUACUUCAGUUAGCCUUUCCUGAUUAUUGCUCCACGAGUAAUGUAGCCCUUUGGAUGAAUCAGGUCUGCAUGUUGUUUCUUCUAAUUUCUCAUUUUUUUAUAUUUGUCUUUCAUAUUCUUUCUCAUAAUGCAGCUGAAACGAUUCAGUUUGUAAUCUUGAAAAGUCAGCUUGGAUCACUUAAACUCUCCUUUUAGCCAAAGAAAAUUAUAUUGGCUUCCUUAGCUUUUUUCCUGUAGCCUAAUUUCCUUCACUCAGGAUAUUUGCUUACGUGUCUACUUUCUUGGCAAUAAAAUUCUUCCUAUGAUAGCUCAGCUAAACUGCAUGCACAAUUGCAGUUGGGCUCUGAUCAUCACCUUGUGAUGAAAAAAUAUGGUUGAAACCUCUGAAAGGAUUGGGUCUGAAAUUCAACCUGAGGUUUUUGUGUUUCUAUGCAUUUUCAAGUUUCAGCCUUUUCAAAUGAAAACACACAUAUAAUGAAUAUAUUAUGUAGGUGCUAAUGACAUGCAAGUUUUAAAGCUGUGCUCUUUAAAUUCAGUAAUGCCAAUAUAAAAUCUUAUUGUGGGUCAAGGAGAGAGAACUGCAAAAUUAAAAGAAACUUAAAUAACUGCUGGGUUUAGAGUUUAAACAAGUCACUGUGGCACAAUUAAUAAAGACCAGGCGAUAAAUAAUAUUUCUCUCUGAUAACUGAAUGAUGUAGGAUGUGUACAUUUUUAAAUCGUCAUUUACUUGUUAUGGAAUACAUUAAGUUGAGUUCUUACUGAUAACUAGGAAUCAAUGUAACUGAAUUCUGAUUCACCAGAAAGUAAUGAAUACUACUAUCUCCCUUUUGAAAGGAGAGGAAAAGCAAUGCUUUAGUUAACUGGGUGUGAAAUAUGAAAACCGCUUUUCACCCUCCUUAAUCUCUUUAACGUAGUUGCAUUCCCUCUUCUGUCAUUCUUGAUUCUGACUCGGUUCAUACACUACAUCAUCAAAAUAUCAUUGCAUAAUAAUUGUUUCAGUAUAAAAAAAUUAACUUUACAACUUCAGACCUUUAGUAUACCUGAAUGGUUGAGUCUAUCAUCUUAACUCUGACAAAUAAUAGGCUGCUAAUGUUUUGUAAUGUUUGCCUGCCUUUAAUUUGGAAUUAUGUUUAAAAACAAGACAUUUUAAUGUUUUCUUUCCUUCUCCAUUCUUAGUUUUAUGAACAAGGUCAGUAAUGCUGCAGAUUCAGAUGUGAAAAAUGAAAUUUCGGGGGAUGGAAAAUAAAAUUAUUUGAAUCUAAAUAGAGCAGAUUUUGUUUGUGACCCACUUCAAAUUAAAUAAGUUUAAUAUUGCAUGGAGAUAGAUCAGUAUCAGAUAACUUGACAACUUCUUGAAUUACACCUAAAUGAUUUGUUACAAUUUUACUGUUUCAGCAAUCAUGAUCCAGUUAACUCGCCCACAAGAACAGAAGUUGCUGGAAAUGCUCAACAAGUUUGGCAGACGUUGAGGGAGGGUCACCAGACCUGAAAAUUAAUUUUGAUUUCUCUGCAUAGCUGCUGCUAGACUUGCUGAGCUUUUCCAGCAACUUCUGUUUUUGUUUCUGAUUAACAGCAUCCACAGUUCUUUCAGUUUUUAUCUAGUUAACUAGUGUUCAUCUGUCAAAAUUAUGGAAUGUUACAUCAGUAUAAGCAUUUUGAAGGAUGGACAUAGUUAAAGUUUUUUUUAAAAGAAGCCACCUUAAAAACUAGAAAUUUUCCUGAUUUGUAUUUCUUCCUGUGAACAAACACAGCAUAGCUAAAAUAACCACCCAUGAUUUUCAGUCCUCCAUAGCAAAUGGUAAUGUUGUGGUGCAAGUGGUCAGCAUAAUAAAGAAAAACAUAUUUGCUUUUAUUAGUUUUUGAAACUGUUGAGCCACAGUUGUAUUAGUAAUUUGUUUCCUGAUUUUGACAGUGAUGCCUAUGGUAUCAUAUUUUCAAAAUUUGGUAUUACGUUUGGAUUUGAGAUUGAUUUUGGAGAGCUGGGCUUCCUAAAUAGAAAAGUGAAAACUGUAUUAUAAUGAUUAUCUAAGACACCCUGAAACUGAAACCAUGAGUCCCAUAUCAACAAACUGUUAUGGGAAAACAGAGCACUGGUCGAAAUGGAAACAAUGACAGACAUCUAAUGAGAAUAAUAUCUUCGGUAAAGUGGAUUUUUUUCAAUCUAUUCCUCCAGCCAGCUUUUGAAGACCACCCACUUGACUGAAUAAAGCAAUUGUUGUUAACUUUUUCAUAUUUUGCAACUUGAAUAUAGGAAUGAAAUCAGUAAUGUAAAGAGAAGUAGUUCCCUUUACGCUUGAACAUGUGUUUUGUCAGUGUUUCCUCUUCACCUUUUUCCAUGUAAGUUAUUUUCUGUCCUAAUCUGCAGAUAUUGGUGUAUUGUUCCACAGGCUCCAGUUUCAUCUAGAGAUUUUUGAAGGGCCGUCAAGCUGAGCCUGAUUUUGCUCUCAUCAGACAUCCACAUAUGUACUUUUGGUGUUGCUGGAAGUGAUCAGAAAUGGGAAUGCUGGCCAAUUUCAUCUUCCAUGGUUAUCCUAGCUGAGAUGAAGUAAUUCAGCAUAAAUCAAGCUUGAGAAUCCCCUGUUUAAUACAACAAAACUCAGGGCCAUAUCAGAUGCAAUAAUUCCUCAUUAGGCUAUGAAUGGUGCUAGUUGCUCUGUUCUAUGCUUUUGAAUUGAUUAGAGACACUUGGGAGCAAUGGUGUGAAUGAGAUCUUAACAUUAAAUUCUGCCUACAGAUAGGAGGGCUGGUGCAAUGUAUUUGGUGUAAUGGGAACUCUGUGUGGACUUCAACAUACAGAUGAAGGUCCCAUUUACGAUGUGGACUUGUUGAACUCCUUGGUUGAAAUAACUAUAUUCAUAGUCCCAUUCCCUUGAUUUUUCUUUAUACCCCUUCAACUAUUCUGUUUCCAUAUUUGUGUUAGCUCUUUCACCAAUACCAUCAUAUUUUAGGAAAAGUUUAACAUACUUUUAGCUGCUUCCUGUCAAUCUGUCUAACAACUUUAAUACUAAAUAAUGGUUAACAGACUUAAGUGUAUUCAUGUAUCACCUUCUUUCUUUUGGAAUUCUUCAGAGUAUAUUUAUCUUUUAAUACUGGAAGCAAUCUUAUGAAAAAUUGCCAUAGUUUAAGAUAAUUUUGGAACUGAAUUCAAUAAGUCUUUAUGCAGUCUACUAUUUAUACUAUUACAGAGUGGUAUUGAUGCACUUUUCCAUGUUUGUAAACAGAGUACAUUGAGAAUUGUGGAUUUGCAGUGAACUUUAGUGCAAAAAAACUGCAAAGUAAAUCUGAGACCCCUUUGUGGUUGGGUCUUUGUAAAAUACUAUUUUUAACAAUUCCUUUUACAGCAUAACAUUUUUUUCAGUAAGUAGCGCUGUCUCCAAUCAUCCCCGACAGUUUAUUUCCCUUGCAAUGUAACCAUGAUGGUUUUACUUGGUUCCAAGGACUUCCUAUUCUUCCCACUACUAGGUUUUGACCCAAUAGCUUCCUUUUUUUUUGAUUUCUUCUUUUGCAAUAUAUUAGGUCCAUUACGAGAAUAUUAUUGUGACCUUAUUAAUAAGCACCUUUUAAUAAUCGCACCAUUCAGUAAAUGUAAAGUUGCAGACAUCACUUUUUGAGCUCAAUAGUGCACUAGUUUGGGUACAGAAGUGAAUUGCCAGUCUUUGAUCUACUUUUCUUUUAUUAAAAAAGCUUAAUUACUUAAUGAGUUAGCAUUGUAUUAGCACAGUAGAGUUUCUUAUUUUUCAAAUUUUGGUGCAUUUUUGUAUGGGCUAAGUUUAAAACAGAUCAUUUUGAGAAGCAAAUUUCUAGUAACUAUCAAAGCUAAUGUCAAAUAAUUCAGGCCAGAGAUGGUAAGCUAGGAUAUUCUAUUCCAAAGGUGGGCUUCAAUCCAUCAUCCUCAACGGUAGUUUUCACUAAUCACUACUACCAAAGAUAUGUAUUGACAAAAUGCAUUUAAAAUAUUAUGGUUACUCUAGUAUGUACAGGACAAUUACUCUGAAAUUCAAAUUGAGUAAUACUGGAUUAUCAUUUAGAAAAAUCUUCCAGUUCCUUCAGUCAUUUGAGUUUAUUAAAGCAGUUUUAUUCUUUGAAGAACAAUGACAGGACAUAUUUAAAAUGUUUGUGGAUUAAAUAUUUAAUUGUAUGAAUUAAAUCAAACAAAUUAGUGCAUUGUAAUUUUGUUCUCUGAUGAAAACUUGUUUAUUAUACAUUCAGAUGCUGUCUUCACCUGUAAUUUUACAUUUGAUGUUGACACAUUUAUUUUAGUUUAAAUUGGCGUGCACCAAAAUAACUGACUGAAUUGAAUCUCUUCUGCGUGGAAUGUGACCAUUGUGAAAUAUUUUAGACUAAGCAAGAUUUUGGAGCAUCAUAAUGCUAAGAAUUGGGACCUGUGAGGAUUUGCCCACCACUGAUUUCAGUGGAAAAUAGCAUUCUAUUGUUUUAAGGCAGUUGUGUCUAAUCCAUAGACAAAGUUUAUAUUGUAUAUUGUGAUCAGCAAGUCUGACAGUUUGUAACACUGCAGUUAUGUUAAUUAUCCAUGAGACAAAAUUAAUUGCAAGCUGUGCUUUGGAAAAGUAAUUUUUGCAAACCUUUAAACAUAGUAAAUUUUAGUUCCACACUUGUUUCCUAUCAAUUAUUUAUUUAGCAUAAUGGAUUUAUUUCCAGUGUAUAGACUGCUGUGUGUAAUAAAUAUCUGUAGUUUGUAGCGGCAGCAUAAAGUAGCUGAUUUAUUUAUAUUGUGGAGGGAGAAUUUAUGACGAGGAGAAUGAGCUGAUUGAAUCAUCACAUUUGUAGACUUGACCGUAAGUCUAAAAUGUAGAAAGGAAAUGAAGAUUUCCCCACAAAAUGAUUCUAAAUCAAUUGACUUGUGCUAAUCCUAAUUAGCCCCUGGAAUUUACCUCAGAUUUAGAAAUUGUGGUUUUUGAAUGGCAGAUUGCUUGAUCUGUUCGGUAUUGAUGUCAGGACUACUUGUGACUCAGUGUACAGAGUGAGCAUCUCCAGUUCUGCAACACUGAAUUUCUUUUUGUACCAAAUGAGGAGAAAAGAAUUAACAAGAACACAAUCUAAUGUAAAUGAUAGUCAUUUCCAAAAGGACAAAUUGGAACAGACUUCUAUAUGGUGCAUUGCAUUCAGCUGAUGCAGCUUAAUGCAAGGUGAAAAUUAAGCUUUUUUUAAAAACACUUUAUACAAAUAAUAUAUACACUGCAACAACUAUCUAUUUUCCUAUGUGUAUAAUUGCAGUUCAUUCAAACCAUUUUUAGUUGUAAUAAAUGCAUUCAUUCUGAAAAGGAUUAAUGAUCUGCUUCUGCAUCAGUUUGACAAGAGUUGAGGACAGAGGAUUUUUUUUUAUUUGUGAAAAUGAUUUGCAUAUAUAUUUGGGAUCAAAGGGGCCAACUGGUCUGUUUAAAUUUUGUUGAGUCAAAAUGAAAAAUCUGUUCUUAAAUUAUGAUCUGAAUUCAUUAUGUUCCCAGUAACUGUCAAGAGUAGAUGAUAAUUAUGAAAAAUCAAGUCUAAAAGUAAAAAGGAAAGUGAUUUGGGAGAGAAGAAUAACACUGGGAAGAGAAAAGUGGACUAUAAAGGGGUUAUUGUGUGUAUUGGGAGAGAAUUGAAGAAUUGUAAUCUUAAAUGAAUGGGUGAACCAAUCAUGGUUCAAAUUGUCACAGAAAAGUUAACACAAUGCCACAAUCUUUGUAAUGAAUGCUAUUGAAUUUGAGUGGAUAUUAGUCAAAAACAGUAAAUAGAAAGUAACAUUUUCAACUUGAUAUGGAAAUUAAAGAAAAUAAAAAUGAUAUAGCCUGAAUCCAAAAGGAUUGUGUGCACUAACAUCUACGCAAUUGCUGACUGGAACAUAUAAUCUCACUGUGUUGCUUCAGUUCCUGAAGAUUAUUGUUUGUAAAUGUUGACUGAGAAACUAUGCAUUCUAAUUUUAAAAACCCAAAUCAAUUGUGUACCAUUACUGUUAGUGUCAAAAAAUAAUAUACUUGGCACCAUGUACACAUUUUCUGUACUUAGUUUUUGUACAUAAAAUUGUACAUUUUUUGAGCACAGAACAGAAAACAAAUAUUUGCUAACAUGAAUGUGACACAAGUUCACCAAGGCAAAUUCUUUAUACUACAGGAUGACAGCCUCUAUGUAAAAUGAUUUAAAAAAAACUUUUUUUCUUUGGAAAAUAUUGAUUAACGACUUAUUUUUAAUUUUGGAACUUGUUAAAGAAACUCCAAGCUCUUGAACCACUUGUAUUUAAUACACUGAAGUCUGCUGUAUAUUGGUAUUCCAUAGUUCUGCUUUCACGUCAGUUUGUGAAGUUUGCUUCUCCCCUCGAUUAAGACCCUUGAGUUAAAAUUCAACAUUUUAGUUUUUGCAUUUGCCAGUGAUAAUGCAGCAUUUUGAGAAAAAGGAGAAAUAUGUUCCUGAGAACCCAUCUUUUGAAUCAGCUAGGAAUUGGACAAACUGCCCUUCAAAAAGAUGUUAUAGAUCCCAUGACACUUCCCAGAUAAGAGAAGAGAGCUCUUUAAGCAUGUACAGUCAUUCCUUCCUCAAUCAACAGUGCCAUGAAAGGUUUGACAUCUCAUGGCCGUUCAUGGAAUCCUGUUGUUUACAACAUUUAUGUUCAUAACACAUGGCUGUAUUAUUCAAAGUAAUUAAUUUUAUUCAAGAUGUUUUGAGACAUUUGUAACAAAAUGUGACUGUAUAAAAGCAAGUCUUUUAACACAAAGAUGUGUACUUAAUAUGCAAAAUAUACAAAAGCACACAGCAGACCAAAUCUCCAGCUGCUUAUUUCAUAGCCAGGAACAAGUCACCUGGCUUCAUCCAGUGACAUCAGUUGUUCUGAUGAAAUUAAUGGCUUUACUCAGGUAAGAUAAAACAUCCAGCUGGAAAUUUUUAUUUCUCCUUUUGAGAUAGAAUAAUCAAAUUGAAGUAUACAGCCAGAUAUGUUCUGUGUAUUAAAUAGGUUGUAUUAAAGGCUGGAGCUUUCUUUAAAAAGAUGGAAAUAUCUUUUAGUUUGAGAAAAUAAAUUAUUUCCUUCUCUCUUAAUCUUCUAAUAAUUAUCUCAAUCUUUUUCCAAAGGCCUCAGGGUAAACAUAACAUAAAUAUUGGGGUAUGUAAGAUAAACAGCUCACUUUAAAUAAUUGAGAUGGUUGUGUUGCACAUUCACCUUUUCCUAUCACUGAUUUUCAUUCAGAUUUGAUGUGAUUUAAUAUUAAUCAUGUAAAUUUCAUAAAUGAUCAGUUUAUAGAUUGUAUGUAGUAAACUGUAAAUUCUUCUUGUACAGUCUUAUUAUUGGUGACUAUUUCUGCUUGUCUAAGCUGGUGCUAUACUUGUACUAAACUCAACACAAAUGUUGAAUGAUUUGUUUUUGAUAUCUUGGAUCUUUAAUCCAUUUUUUUUCACAUGUUUCA